AUGAUUAUCUUCAGGUUUCUCCUGGGACAUGUCGGCCUGGAGAAUUUCACUGAAGUGACCGAAUUUGUGUUGAAAGGAUUCACUGACAAUGCUGAGCUACAGACCAUUUGCUUCUUCCUAUUUCUAGCAAUUUACCUUCAUACUCUCAUUGGAAAUUUAGGGCUGAUUGCGCUGGUCAUUGGGGAUUCCCGGCUGCACAACCCCAUGUACUAUUUUCUGAGUGCCUUGUCUUCUGUGGAUGCCUGCUUUUCCUCCACUAUUACCCCAAAUAUGUUGGUGGAUUUCAUGUCAGAGAACAAAGUCAUUUCCUUCCUUGGGUGUGCAGCACAGAUGUUUUUUGCUGUAACGUUCGGGACCACAGAAUGUUUUGUCCUGGCUGCAAUGGCUUAUGACCGCUAUGUAGCCAUCUACAACCCGCUGCUGUACUCUGUGAGCAUGACACCCAGGGUCUAUGUGUCACUCAUCACUGCGUCCUACCUCGGGGGGAUCCUGCAUGCCACUGUGCACACAGGGGCCACUUUCAGCCUGUCCUUCUGUGGGCCUAAUGUCAUCCAACACAUCUUCUGUGAUAUCCCUGCUCUGUUUGCGAUUUCUUGCUCUGACACUCACAGGAACCAGCUUCUACUCUUUUACAUUGCUGGCUCUAUUGAAGUAUUUACUGUACUAGUCGUCCUGGUAUCCUAUGGUUUCAUUCUGUCAGCUAUUCUUAGGACACGCUCUGCAGAAGGGAAACGAAAGGUCUUUUCUACAUGUGGCUCUCACCUCACUGCAGUGUCCAUUUGCCACGGAACUGUUAUUUUCAUGUAUGUGAGACCCAGUUCCAGCUACACCUUGGAGCAUGACAUGAUGGUGUCCAUAUGUUACACCAUUCUGAUUUCCAUGCUGAACCCCAUCAUCUACAGUUUGAGGAACAAAGAUGUCAACCAAGCAAUGCAAAAAGUGUUUGGCAAAAAAUAGUUUAUGAAUGAAGUACAUUUUUGACCUGAA